CUCCUCCCUCCCUCUCUCUCUUUCGAUUCAUCUCAAUUGUAUACAAAUCGCCUGAAGGAGCGUAAUGUCGGGUAUAUUUGGAGGGAGAGACCCUUUUGAUGACCCCUUCUUUACUCGCCCUUUUGGUGGCUUAUUUGGGUCCAAAAUGUCUUUUUCGGCUGCUUCUCCUGGUGAUCCAGUGCACAGCAACAGGUUGAAGGCACCGAUUAUUGAGGAGCUAGAUAUUGAGGAUGAUAAUAUAUCUGGAGGAGAGGAGGAUCCAGAGACUGCAUCCGCUAAUCAAAAUCCAUUUGUUGAGCACCCUGAGGGCCAAAUUGAUGAUCAUCAUAAGAGCAAAACUAAGAGCAAGAGUAAAGAACUAGUCUAUAGGUCUGAUCAUAAUAAGGUGGGAGGAGAGCGACCCCAAAAAGGAAGUGUCAGCUUCCAGAAAGUCACUUAUGGAGGCAUAAAUGGGGCUUACUACACUGCUUCAGCAACCCGAAGAACAGGAAAUGAUGGAGUGGUGUUGGAAGACAGAAAAGAAGCUGAUAGUACUACUGGUCAAGCAACCCAUCGUAUCUCUAAAGGGAUCAUUGACAAGGGUCACUCAGUGACAAGGCAGCUUAAUGCGGAUGGUAAGGUGGACACAAUGCAAACUUUGCAUAAUUUAGAUGAAGAUGAAUUAGCGGGUUUCGAUCAAAGUUGGAGAGGUAGUGCUGAUAUGCAUUUACCAGGAUGGGAUAUGCCAUUGGACUUUCAUUCAAAGCCUGGUAUUGGUGGCAGCCGGCUUACCUCCUGGAGUGGCUGGGGUCAACCAACUUGGCAGCAGCUCGGUAGAGAUGCUAGUUUGAGACCUGGUGCUCAGAAUGAUUCAGUUAGAGGAAGACCUAAAAAGACAGUUACAAUUCCAAUAGAGUAGAUGUGUUGAUAAUUGGAUUUGAGAAUUUUGAGUACUUGGACGGAAAGACGUGGUGCCAAUGGGAUCGUGCCUUCUCUAUUGGCCUGUAAGAGUUAUAAAAGCUGAGCCAACCCAUGCAUCGUUUUCUGAAUUACAGCCCGUAAGUUAUUUGCUUUGAAGAGUGGGGUUCUGAUGCCCAACUGAUUGCUUGAAUAAUCUUGUUUGCUUUGAGCUAUAGUAGCAGAUCAAGUGGGUAAUUGGUUUGUUUUUUGGUCCUGUGGUCUAUGUAAAUAGGCAAUGUAUUGUCGAUGCUUGUUUCACUGAACUGUCAAUUUUAUCAUACUGUGGCAUGAAAUAUCAGGGUUUCCUCGAGUACGGCUAUUUAGUACUUGCACCCUAAUUAGUAUUA